AUGUCGAGUAUUCAAAAUGCGGGAUUGAACAAGCGGAGUUGCACGCGCUGCAGCCAAAGAAAAGUGCGAUGUGACAAAAACCAUCCAUGCGAUGGUUGCACAAAAGCCGAGGUUCAAUGCAUCUUUCCAGGACCACAACGAGCUCGGAGAACAUUGAACAGGCCCCCCAUCAGUGAGCUGCGGGCUCGCCUAAAGCAUCUCGAGGGAGAGGUUGCGCAACUUCGGUCAGCCGAGCCGAAAUCAGAUCCUGGCUCUCUCGAAGACAGUCACGCGAAGAGGAAUGAGGUGCUGGUCCUGAGAGAGGGAAAAAGUCGGUAUAUUGGGGAUGGAGCUUCCAUAGCUCUGGGGGAGCAGAUUUCCGAGCUGCGGGACAUAAUUGAGAGCUCUUCAGAUGAGGAUUCUCCAGGUGCAGAGCACAUUGGUAUCUUGCCAGAAAGUGGCAUCCUGAGGGGCGAAAAUGACGCCCGGUUCUUGGAUUCAUUUCGUCCCUUCAUUCAGCGGAAGACGGAGUCUUUGUGGAGAGUCUAUCUGGAGAAUGUCGCGCCGCUCAUUGCCAUUCUCCACAAGCCAUCUAUGGCCCAGAUUAUCCAGAACACAUGUGAGGGGGUGGAAUUGACUCCCCCGGAUGAGGCAUUGCUAUUAUCCGUUCAUUUUGCAGCAGUGGUCAGCAUGAAGCCGCAUGUUUGUCUCUCUAUGCUGAACCUCAACCACGAUACUGCUGUCCAAAACUUCAAAAGAGCCGUAAGCCAGGCCCUCCAUCGAGCCAGCCUAAUAAAAUGCCACAGUUUGCCCGCCCUUCAAGCUGCUGUUCUGUUUCUACUCUGUUGCCGCGUCCAGGGUGAUACCCGCCUUGUAUGGGCCGAGUCCGCAGUUGUGAUCCGAGUCGCGCAGGCGCAGGGCGUCCACCGGGAUGGGGUAAACUUUGGACUGCCUCCCUUUGAGAUCGAGAUCCGACGUCGGCUAUGGUGGCAUAUCUGCCUGUUGGACAUGCUCUCCUCCCGGGAUCAAGGGGUCGAUACCCAGAUCAGACCCGAGAUUUUCGACACGAAGUUACCUCUCAAUGUCGACGACCACGAACUCACGCCGGAUAUGGCCGAGUAUCCCGAGCCGAAGAUUGGCUUCACCAAUAUUACAAUAUGCAUUAUGAAUUCUUUCAUAAUGAGUGAGAUGCUCUGGUCUGAGCAAUCUGGUGACUUUUCCAACACCUCCACAGAAGAGAGGGCAAACCGCAUCACGGCGCUAGGAAAACGCAUCCAUGAGCAAUACCUGGAUCAUUUCAACCUCGAAGUUCCUAUUCACUGGGUGUUUGCAACUAUCAUUCGCCUUCAGCUCUCUCAAGCAUGGCUAGCAGUCCAUUUUCACUCCAGAGAGGACCCGCAGCCCUUUCAACACAACGACAGUGCCUUUGAGAUGGCCGUGGAGAUUGUACAGUUUGCUUACCUACUCCAAACCAACGAAGCGACGGCCCGAUGGAGCUGGCUCUGUAAAAGCUACAAAGAAUGGCAUGUCGUGGCUUUCAUCCUCUCGGAGUUGUGUACUCGUCCUUUGAGCCCCGAGGCCGAUCAUGCGUGGGAUGUAGUGACCAAGAUGUAUCAUCUCUGGCAACGGAACCAUCCUCAUUCUGACGCUUUGCUUGAAAAACCGCUGGAUCGGUUGAUGGAGCGAACGACCGCUUCAAGGUUGAGCAAACAGGAGGCACAGCAAAUACACACCCCGUCUUUUGUUCAAGAUGCCACAUCCAGUGGAUUGUAUCUGGAGACUCACGAGGACAUCCCAUACCUGGAUGAAGAUCUGGAUGCAUUAGGGAGCUUGGAUUGGCUUUCUAAUUCCUUUUUUUAG